ACUGACCAUCUUGCCAGUCAUCCUUGUACCCUCAGAGAAGCAGGUGCUUAAAGUAAAUCAGAGAGCACAGAAGCAGAAGGGUAAAUCAGAGACAGUAAGAGAGUAACUACCAAAGUUCCUUGCCCGAGGGUGCCUGAGUAUCUCCGGCGGUACCAUGGACAGCGCCCAGGAACCAUCUCUGGGACUUUUGGAUGCUGCAGGGUUCUGGCAGAUCUGGCAGCAAUUUGAUGCAGCUGAAAAAGGUUACAUAGAAGAGAAGGAUUUUGAUGCUUUCUUUCACCACAUGCUGAUGAAACUGGGUACUGAUGACGAAGUCAUGAUACAAAAUGUGCAGAAGAUGAAAAAACAAUUUCUGGCUACCCAUAAUAUCUCUAAAGAUGCUCACAUACAGAUGAAAGAGCUUGCCAGCAUGUUCUUAUCAGAUGAUGAAAAUUUUCUUCUGCUCUUUCGUCGGGAAACCCCCAUGGACAGCAGUGUGGAGUUUAUGCAGAUCUGGCGCAAAUAUGAUGCUGAUAGCAGUGGCUUUAUAUCAGUUGCUGAGCUUCGUAACUUCCUCCGAGACCUCUUUCUCCGUCACAAAAAGGUCAUCUCUGAGAUGAAGCUAGAAGAAUACACUGGCACUAUAAUGAAAAUCUUUGACAAAAACAAUGAUGGUAGGUUGGAUCUUAAUGACUUAGCAAGGAUUCUGGCUCUUCAGGAAAACUUCCUUCUCCAGUUUAAAAUGGAUGCUUGUUCUACUGAAGAAAGGAAAAGGGACUUUGAGAAAAUCUUUGCCCAUUAUGAUGUUAGUAAAACUGGGGCCCUAGAGGGCCCAGAAGUGGAUGGAUUUGUCAAAGACAUGAUGGAGCUUGUUCAGCCAAGCAUCAGUGGAGUGGACCUUGAUAAAUUCCGGGAGAUCCUUUUGCGUCACUGCGAUGUGAACAAGGAUGGAAAAAUUCAGAAGUCUGAGCUUGCCUUGUGUCUUGGACUGAAAAUCAACCCAUAAAAACACAAACUAUUUUACUUUUCUGCUCUUACCAUGUUUCUGUGUUUUUGCUGGUACAAUGUAUUUGGGUUUUGCUGUUGGGGACAUAGUGAGCAGGCUUUUUAAUAAGCAGUGCAUUAUUCUGGAAUCCAGGGAAGAUCCUAGGGUCUUCUUUCUAAAGUUGUGGUAUAUUGUUGCCUCACUGAAAGCCCCCAGCUGUGUCUGUUAUUUUACCCUUGGCCCUGGGCUUUCCUGUCCUUACAAAGACUCACUAAUCUGUUGGACCUGCUCUGCUUGUCCUCCCACUAGGGAAACAGGGACAGUUGAGCUCAUUGAUCUGUGCUCUUUGUGUAAUUUUUCUGCCGAGUCUAAAUGGUUUGUGGCAUCCAUGGCAGUCUUGUGACUUCUGUAAGCAGAUUAUGGCACUGAAAUAAACCUGCUACUGGGAACAAAGAUGCACUGGUAAUUAUUUUUGCGUUGAGACCUUCAACAUGCUCUAAAUUAUGAUUUGACAAACUACUUUGCUAACUUGGUGGCGGUGAAGAGAAAGAGUGCAAGAUCUUAAUGGAAUCUAUACCACCAAUCCUUAUAUGGUUCUCAGAUGCUCUGGUGAACUGAUAUGAAAAUAGAAGUUGCCAAUAAUUAUACUAUAUUCAUUACAUGGAACAGACUAAAUCAUUCACCCUAAACUCAAUUUAGUUCAUAGGUACUUUGUGAACUUAAAGAACCAGGCAGGUAGGAAUAAAUAUUUCCCAGGUCACUCAAGCCUGUGCUAUCCACUCGAUCACUUCUUCCUCUAACAGUUUUCUCUCAUUAGUCUGGGAACUUCUGCAGUCUGCUAAACCUCUGAAUAUAUUCAGCCCCUAUGCAGGCUGCGUGCAUGAUAGGUAUCACUGUGGAUACCUAUUCCACUCAUUUCUGGAACUCUGAUAAUGAUUUUUUUUUCUCCUGGAACAGAGGUACAAGGAUCUAUGUAGUUCAGGCCCCACCUUCCUCUACUGGCCUAACAUUUUGGUCUCCAUGAUAUACCUACUAUAUAGCAGACUGCAUAGAAGUUCAGGUUAAACUGGAAUUGGUGUAUUGCA